UCCCCCUUUACGCUAUACGAACGGGACCGACAGAGCGCCUGCGGGAAGUUGCCGUGGGUCUGGAUGGGGGCUGCGGCCCGGGGGAAGAAUGGCGAAGGGCCCCUGCAGAGGAGGGAAGCUCCGCGGCUGCGCCAUUCCUCCUCAGUAGCCGGCGGGCUCGUCGUUUCGCUUUCAUAGAGCCCCUCGCAGGGGGGGGAAGGUGCUGCCAGGCCAGCGGCUCAACUCUUGGGGAGGCUGAUAAGGCAAGAUGUCUUCUGGACUCAGGGCAGCGAGCCUCCCCGCCUGGAAGCGGCACAUCCUGGACGAAUUGAGGCGACGGGACCGGCUGCAGAGACAGGCCUUUGAAGAGAUUAUUUUGCAGUAUAACAAGCUCCUGGAGAAGUCAGAUUUCCAUUCAGUGCUUGCUGACAAGCUACAAGUGGAAAAAUAUGACUUGCCAAGCCGGCAUGAGAUCAGUCCAGGACAUGAUGGUGCAAGGAAUGAUUCUCACAUGCAAGAAAUAGCCCAACUUAGAAUUAAGCAUCAAGAGGAGCUGACAGAGCUGCACAAGAAACGUGGCGAGUUGGCCCAGUCUGUGAUUGACCUGAAAAACCAAAUACAACAGAAGGACAGUGAGAUGCAAACGAAUAAUGCAAAGAUUAUAGAAUAUUUGCAGAAGAUAUCUGAACUAGAGACAGAGUGCCAGGACCUGCGGAACAAGCUACAAGAUCUUGAAAGAGCUAAUCAGACUCUUAAGGAUGAGUAUGAUGCACUCCAGAUUACCUUUACUGCCCUUGAGGAAAAACUGAGAAAAACUACGGAAGAUAACCAAGAGCUGGUAACACGCUGGAUGGCAGAGAAAGCUCAAGAAGCUAAUCGGCUCAAUGCAGAAAAUGAGAAAGAUUCCAGAAGACGGCAAGCCAAGCUUCAGAAGGAACUAGCAGAAGCUGCAAAGGAGCCACUGCCAAUUGAACAGGAUGACGAUAUUGAAGUGCUGGCGGAUGAAACCUCUGACCCUGCUGAUGAGACAUCUCCAGUGCGCGCUGUCAGUCGAACAGCCAGUAAGCGACACUCCCAGCCAGCUGGAGGCCUUCUGGACUCUAUCACUAAUAUAUUUGGUCUGUCUGAGUCUCCCCUUUUGGGACAUCACUCUUCUGAUACUGCCAGGAGACGCUCUUUAUCCUCAUGCCCCACCCCUCAAGAUAAUGUGGAGGCACACCCAGGCGCAAGCAAAGAGGUGCGAGUCCCUACCACCGCUCUGUUUGUCUUUGAUGCACAUGAUGGGGAGGUGAAUGCGGUGCAGUUCAGCCCUGGCUCUCGGUUACUGGCGACAGGAGGCUUGGACCGGAGAGUCAAACUCUGGGAAGUUUGCGGAGAGAAGUGUGAACUUAAAGGCUCUCUAACUGGCAGUAAUGCAGGGAUUACAAGCAUAGAGUUUGAUAGUGCGGGUUCUUAUUUAUUAGCGGCUUCAAAUGACUUUGCCAGUAGGAUCUGGACUGUGGAUGAUCACCGGUUACGGCACACGCUCACGGGGCACAGUGGAAAAGUCUUGUCGGCCAAAUUCCUAUUGGACAAUGCGCGCAUUGUAUCUGGGAGUCACGACAGAACCCUCAAACUGUGGGACCUGCGCAGCAAAGUCUGUAUAAAAACAGUGUUUGCUGGCUCCAGCUGCAAUGAUCUGGUCUGCACAGAACAGUGUGUGAUGAGUGGACACUUUGACAAGAAAAUUCGCUUUUGGGAUAUUAGAUCUGAGUGUGUGGUACAGGAAAUGGAAUUGCUUGGUAGGAUUACAGCUCUAGAUCUCAACCCAGAGAGAACAGAACUCCUCACCUGUUCACGAGAUGACCUGUUGAAUAUUAUUGAUCUCAGAGUCAGUGCUAUCAAACAGACUUUCAAUGCUCCAGGGUUUAAAUGCGGGUCUGAUUGGAACAGAGCUGUAUUCAGCCCUGAUGGAAAUUAUGUGGCGGCUGGCUCAGCAGACGGGUCACUCUAUAUUUGGAAUGUGCUUACUGGGAAAGUGGAGAGGAUACUCUCCAAGCAUCACAGCAACUCAAUCAAUGCUGUGGCAUGGUCACCAUCUGGAGCCUAUGUGGUCAGUGUGGACAAAGGAAACAAGGCUGUGCUGUGGUCUGAAUUUUGACUUGAAAGCACAAAAACCAGCAUGCCAAAAACCUGCAUGGGAGGGCAGUGGUCCCUGUCUGUCUGGACAGGGCAGAAGUCCAGUGCCUAACUUCAGGCAAAAGUCUUUUGCUAAACACAAAAGUUUGGGUCUAGGAAAGAGCUGCUUAUGCAUCAGCCAAGGAAGAAAACCCCCUUCCCAUCGAAAGUAUGUUGCUGGCAUUCAACCUCCGUCAAGGAUUGACUGCAUUGGGUGGAGUCAUUUAAGAUGUACCAUCUCUGCAUUGGAAAGAGUUUCCACACCAGACAGCAGUGCCAAACAAUUCCUUAAUUUCCAGUGGCACUUCAAGUUCUGGAGUGUUCUAGCAAAGUUCCUGCUUGUCCUGAUGUUAUGCAUGUACUGUCACCUGUGUUCUCUUCUGUGGGCUGGCUUAAGAUGCAAGGUGAAGGAUCCUGAAACAUAGGAAGGGCGGGGGCUUGGCUGUAAUCUCACGUGAACAAGCCCAUGACAUUGGCAGUUGGGUCGAGGAAGACACUAGCAUUUACUAAAUCACAGCACCCUGUAUCAUCUUAACUUGCCAUUGAGGGAAUUGUCUGUUCUAGGGUUGUUGUUUUUUCAGAGAUGCUGCAUCCUCCAAUGGCUUUCCAGGUGGCAGUGGAACGGAAGCAUUUUAAUGUGACCCAGUUUGUAUUGGGUUUUAGUUGUGAGCUAGAAUGAUAAGCGCUGCUGCUGUGAUGAAGAAUGUACAACUAGCAAGACUUCAGCACCAAAACCAAAUACACGGUUACUUCUGCUGUCCUCCUUGUAUUGGAACCUCUUGAGUGCAGAGGAGCAAAGGUGGAGGGAUAGAGCCCUGAAUGUAAAUGUCCUGGUGCUGGCAAAUUCCGAUCACUUGCCGCUGAGAAAAUGUGCAAUAUUCUUCCUGUGUCAAGCUCCCUCUCCCUCUCCCCCCCCCUCUCUGCCUCUGCCAUGGAGCAGAGUGGUUGGCUUGUGCCCCUCGGCAUUCAAAUGCACAAUAUGGUUUGGGGAGGGGCUAGCUUGUGGCACUGAACAUUGAUGCAGCCAAACACUUUUUCCACAUCCAGUGGGCUGUGAGACAAGCCACCAGCAUUUAAUUGCCUUUUAAUUUGCACUUUAAUUUUGCUUCCUUCCUAAGCUUGUUUUUGUAGGGAAGUAUUUGUAUUGAAUGGCAGAGGUGAGCAGGAAUUAUUCAUGUCCGGGGGUUUUGCCAGGGGACCCCUCUUGUUUUGACAACUUCUGCAGAGGAAAACAGGACACGGGACAAAAAUCUUAUUUAUUGUAUUAAUCCGCCCACUAGUACUUGACCGGUUAUAAAUAAACCUGUGUCCUGCUUCUAAAU